AUGCUUUUGGAGGUCUUAGUGUUCCUGCUACCCAUAUUCUCUGAAGCCUGUGAUGAUCCACCAAGAUUUGAAAGUAUGAGGUUCCAGGGUGCCCUACAACUCACUUAUAGACCUGGGGACCAUGCACAAUAUGAAUGUCGCCUAGGUUUCCAUCCCAUGGUUCCUGCCCUCCCCACCACUGCUGUUUGUCAGGAUAAUAACACAUGGUCACCUCUCCAGGAGGCUUGUAGAAGAAAAUCGUGUCCUAAUCUAGGAGAUCCUGUAAAUGGCCUUGUUAACUACAUCAAUGGAAGUAGACUGUUUGGUUCACAUGCUCAGUAUGAGUGUAAUGAGGGUUUUUACCUAAUUGGAGCAAAUAUUCUACAUUGUGAAAUUUCUGGAAGUGGUGUGGCCUGGAGUGAUCUUCCCCCAAUAUGUGAAAGGAUUUUGUGUGGAACACCUGCAAAUAUAACAAAUGGACAUUUCACUGUUUACAAGGAACAAUAUGAAUAUAAUGAAUUAGUAACUUAUAGAUGUGAUCCUUCAGAUGAACCAGAUGAAUAUUCACUUAUUGGAGAUCCCCUGCUUCUUUGUGUGGGACAUGACAGAUGGAGCAGUGACCCUCCUGAGUGUAAAGUGGUCAAAUGUAACUAUCCAGUUAUCCGAAAUGGAGCAAUGAUAUCAGGAUAUAGAAUUAAAUAUUACUACAAAGCAGAAGUUGUGUUCGAAUGUAACGAGGGUUUUACCCUUCUUGGCAACAACACAAUUGUCUGUGGUGCAAACAGUACUUGGGAGCCUGAAAUACCAUCCUGUAUUGAAGGUCCUCCGUCUACUCUUGGAACUACAACUUCAGUGGCAGAUUAUCCAGGUUCAUACCUCUUUAUGCUGUGUACAUUGCUUAGAACUUAA